AUGGCACACCAAGAUGAAUCCGGUGGUGUCAGUGCUCUUGUUCGUCAUACAGCUGGAAUGGCUGAAUUAGCCAUUCAUGCGGGUCAUCCAGAUCGAAAACAUAACGAAUAUUUACCAUAUCCUGAUAAUAAUUUUGAAGAAAAUAUUGAUGAACGUUUUCAACGAGAUGAUAAAUUUACUGUUUCACAUUUAUAUGAGCAUAGUGGACGAACAUUCGUUCCAAAUGUUCCUAUUUUUGUGAAAUCUAUUACAGCUGAACGUACAUAUGCAGCAUUUACUGAGUUUCUUAAUCCAUAUUUAUAUUGUGUAACAACACAACAUGGUCCUUUUCAAUGGAUGAUUUAUAAACGUUAUCGAAAUUUUCAUGAAUUACACAAGUCAUUAGUUCAAUUUGUUGAAGCUGAAACAAAAAGAUAUAUAACCGAUUCUGAUAGAGCUCCGGAAGAAGAAAAUGAAAAUCCAUGUUUUCCAACAAGAAAUGAUCGAUUAGCAUUUAUUAAUGGUACAACUAUUCGAGAACGUUGUCAAAUACUUGCCGAAUAUCUAAAUAAAGUUCUUAAACAUCCAAAAUUUCGUAAUCAUCCAGCAACGCGUGAAUUUUUUCUUGUAAGUUGUAUAUCAUUCGUCUAUGGUAUAUCAGCUAGUCAAAAAGAAGGUUAUUUAUUAAAAAGAUCUCAUGAUAGUUAUCGAGGUCAACAUACUUUCUUUCGUUUACCAUUUUUUUGUGAUUCAUGUAAAUUUCAUCAUGGACGAAAAUGGUUUGUUAUUAAAGAUAGUUAUAUAACUUAUAUUCGACCUGAUACAAAUGAAAUACGUUUUCCCAUGUUAGUUGAUCGUGGUUUUGAUGUUUCAUCUGGUCUUCGUAAUGCUGGUACUUCACGUGGUAUUAAAAUAAAAAAUCUUCAACGUACAUUAGUUGUUAAAUGUAAUACAAAACGUGCUUGUGAUGAAUGGUUAAUUCAUUUAACAAAUUUAAAAGAACAAGCAAAAGAUUUUCUUAGUGCAACAGCUAGUCGUUUCAAUUCAUUUGCACCUGUACGAGAAAAACAAUUGGCGUAUUGGUUUAUUAAUGGAAAAUCAUAUAUGGAAGCAGUAGCAAAAGCUCUUUUAACAGCUAAAGAAGAAGUUUUUAUAACUGAUUGGUGGCUUUCACCAGAAAUUAUGUUAAUAAGACCAUCAGAUGAUGAAACAUAUCGACUUGAUCUAUUAUUAGGAAGAAUAGCUGAUGCAGGAAUACGUGUAUAUGUAAUGGUUUUUAAAGAAAUACAACUUGCUAUAGGUUUAAAUAGUUUAUAUACGAAACGAGCAUUAACUGCAAAAAGUAAAAAUGGAUUUAUUAAAGUUCUACGUCAUCCGAAUCAUUAUCCUAAAGGCGGAGUUUUAUUAUGGUCACAUCAUGAAAAAAUGGUUGUUAUUGAUCAAAAAAUUGCUUUCGUUGGUGGAAUUGAUCUAUGUUAUGGUCGUUGGGAUGAUGAAUUCAUGCGUCUUGUUGAUUUGGGUGAAGAAAAUGAUCGAGAAUUGAAAAUGCCAUCAGAAAUAGCUGCAGAAAAAGAAGCAGCCGGUGGUGCAGAAGUCGUUGAAUCAGCAGAAAAGGCUACAACACAAAUGGCUGAACAAGCAGGUGAAAAACCUUCUAAGGGUAGCGAUCAAAUGCGAACAGGAUAUAGUGCUCCAAAUAAAGCUAGUGAAGAUAUUAAAUCUGGUGGAGCAACACACGCUGGUGGAGCAGGACAUCAUAUGAAAACAGUAGCAAAAAAAUACGAUACAUCUACAUCUAAUCGAAGAACAUUAGAACAUGAAACAGAAGCUGUUCGAAGACCAGAACGAUAUGCUCGUAAAUGGCGAAAACUUGCACAUAAAAUGAGAAAUAGCAGUGAAAUAGAUUCAGAUGAUGAAGAAAUACCUGAAGAGCAACCAGCAUUCGUCGGUCCAUCACCGGUGGUUGAUACAAAAACGCGAUAUUUUGUUGGGAAAGAUUAUUCAAAUCCAUAUGAAAAAGAUUUUAAUGCACUUGAUAAAUAUAGUGAAGAUUAUAUUGACCGAAAAACAGUACCACGUAUGCCAUGGCAUGAUGAAGCACUUGUUGUUUUUGGUCGAGUAGCACGAGAUGUUGCAAGACAUUUUAUUCAACGAUGGAAUAUUCAUAAAUGUGAAAAAUAUCCUAACAAUGAUUCUUAUCCAUUUCUAUUACCAAAAUCUUAUGAUGAUGCAGAAGAUUUAUCUGUUAAAAAUUGGAGAGAAUUUCUUGAUGGUAAACCAUUUAAAGUCGAUGCUCAAUGUGUUCGCUCUAGUGGAUUAUGGUCAGUAGGAACAAAAAUAAUUGAAUCAUCUAUACAAAAUGCUUAUAUACAAAUGAUUGAUGCUGCUAAACACUAUAUAUAUAUUGAAAAUCAAUUUUUUAUAACUAUUGCUCAAGAUCCGACAGUUCGUAAUAAUUUAUCUGAUACUCUUUUUCGACGUAUUGAACGAGCACAUACAUUGAAUGAAAAAUUUCGCGUUUAUAUUGUUCUUCCACUUUUACCUGGUUUUGAUAAUAUUAAUGCUGUACAAGCUGUACUUUAUUUUAUUAUGCGUUCAAUUACAAAAGGUGAUGGAUCAUUAUUUAGACGACUUGAAAAAGCAGGUGUUGAUCCACAUAAUUAUAUUAGUAUUUUUGGUAUGCGUUCUCAUGACAUUCUAAUGGGUCAUUUAGUAACUGAAAUAAUUUAUAUUCAUUCAAAAUUAAUGAUUAUUGAUGAUCGUAUGGCUAUAUGUGGUAGUGCAAAUAUCAAUGAUCGUUCAUUACUUGGUAAUCGUGAUAGUGAAUUUUGUAUUGUAUUAAAUGAUCGUGAACAAGAACCGGGUCGAUUAAAUGGAGAAUCAGUAUCUGUAGGAAAAUUUUGUUCUAGUUGGCGAAGAAGAUUAUUUGCAAUGUUAUUAGGCAUACAAUUUGAGAAUCCACUGAAUAUUGAUAUAACUGAUCCAGUAUCCGAUGAAUUUUAUUUUUAUAUUCGUGAUGUAGCAAGAAAGAAUGCACUUAUUUAUGAAGAAGUUUUUGCUACAUUACCAAGUGAUCGUGUAAGAAAAUUUGAAGAAGUUAAUAGAUAUACAGAUGCACCAAAAAUGAAAGAUACUGAUCCAAUACAAGCACAAGAAAAAUUGAAAGGUAUUCAAGGUCUUAUUGUUGAAUAUCCACUUUAUUUUCUUGAUGAUGAAAAUUAUUUACCAAGUCUACGAACUCGUGAAGGUAUUGCUCCAAUUAUAACUUGGACAUGA